AUGGGGUUUGUCAUUUCUAAGAGUGACAAUUCUUUAUUCAUUUUCCGACACAGGAAUGAUGUGGCAUACCUUCUAUUAUAUGUUGAUGAUAUUGUGUUGGUCACAUCCUCGGAUUUGUUACGUGAGCGAAUCAUCUCUCACCUGCGUACAGGAUUUCCAAUGACUGAUUUAGGUCCUCUGAAUUUUUUUCUGGGCAUUGCUGUCACUCGUACUCCAUCAUACUUGUUUUUAUCACAGCAGAAAUAUGCGCAGGAAAUUUUAGAGCGCGCAGGUGCUCUUCAGUAUUCGACUUUCACUCGCCCUAACAUUGUUUAUGCAGUUCAGCAGGUUUGCUUAUUCAUGCAUGACCCUAGAGAGGCUCACUAUGAUGCAUUGAAGCGCAUCCUGCGUUAUAUUCAGGGCUCCAUUAAUCACGGGUUAUACUUAUAUCCUUCAUCAUCCUCGCAAUCGAUUACUUAUACUGGUGCAAAUUGGGGCGGGUGUCCUGACACUCGUUUGGUCGACCUCAGGCGUCAACCUACUCUUUCUAAAUCAAGUGCAGAGGCAGAAUAUCGUGGCGUAGCAAAUGUUGUUGCCGAGGCAUGUUUGCUUCGUAAUCUUCUUUUGGAGUUACAUUGUCCUCUUAGAAAGGCCACCGUUGUUUAUUGUGAUAAUGUCAGUUCCAUUUAUUUAUCUCAUAACCCCGUACAGCACCAACGCACCAAGCACAUCGAAAUGGACAUUCAUUUCGUUCGAGAAAAGGUGGCGUUGGGGCAUGUACGGGUCCUGCACGUUCCUUCACGUUAUCAAUUUGCUGACAUCUUCACGAAAGGCCUACCUCGACAACUAUUUCUGGAAUUUCGGUCCAAUCUCAGCGUACGUCCUCCUCCCGCUAAGACUGCGGGGGUGUGA